ACCGAUCAAUCAUGUUUUAUAUAAGAAAAGUGUUAUUUAUUGCAAAUUGUGUAUUAAGAACAAAAUUUAUUAAUUAUUUUAAAAACUUUAUUGUUGUGUAUAAAACACUUCAAAUCUGAUUAAUAUUUAUUAUCUAUUAACUAAUCUAAUUAAUAUCUUCUAUUAAUAUAAUUAAUAGACGAAAAAAAGGAUGAAACUUUGUGCGUUCAAAAGUCAUGUAAAAAGAUGGCCAUUAGGCCAUCUGUUUAAAGAUUAGGUUAGGUUUUGUUUGCGAGACACGUGCGUUUAUUCCAUUUAUUCCGUUUAUUAAAGAUAUUUAUGGGCAAGUAUUGAUUUAUCGAACAUAUUGGAGGUUGACGAAUUAAAACGUAUUGACUAGAUCACAUGAUAUUGAAAGUGCAAUAAUAUACUAGUACUGAUGUGAAAGUCUUGCAGAUACAAAGCCUGAAAUAUCUUACAGAUGCUAAUACUUAUCGGAGGUUAUAUUUUUGAUAUCAAAGAUUAUUUGUUAAAUUGUCUAUCUAUAUAUGGAUAAUAGGAUAAAUAAAUAGCUUAAAAACGAUAUAAGAAGGAAUAGCUUAGAAUAGAUAUAAAAAAUAAAAACUAUUAGAAGACGUAUACAGCACUUAAAAUGUCCAAACGUCCAGAGCAUUUGGCACCUCCUGAUGUGUAUUAUGAUGAAACCGAAGCUAAGAAGUAUACACAAAGCUCUCGCAUGAUAGAAAUCCAAGUGCAGAUGUGCGAACGUGCUAUAGAACUUCUUCUAUUACCUGAGGAUGAAAGUUGCUUGCUUUUGGAUAUUGGUUGUGGAUCAGGUCUCAGUGGCAGUGUAUUGGAGGAUCAGGGACACGUAUGGAUUGGUGUUGAUAUUUCUUCAGCUAUGCUUAAGGUAGCUGCUGAAAGAGAAACAGAUGGUGACUUGAUCCUAGGAGAUAUAGGUCACGGAUUGCCAUUUAAAGCUGGUGCGUUUGAUGGUGCCGUUAGUAUUUCCGCCCUUCAAUGGUUAUGUUACGCAAACAAAGCUUCGCACAAUCCUACGAAGCGCCUAUAUCGUUUCUUUUCGACGUUGUAUGCGUGCUUGUCAAGGACUGCAAGAGCAGUGUUACAGUUUUAUCCAGAGAACAGUGAACAGGUUGAAUUAAUCACAUCACAAGCAACGAAAGCUGGAUUUUACGGUGGCGUGGUCGUUGAUUAUCCAAACAGCACAAAAGCAAAAAUGUUCUUAGUUUUAAUGACUGGAGGAGCUGCUCCACUUCCAAAAGCACUAGGUGUAGAAAAUGAAGAUAGACAAACCGUUGCUAAUUCAAGAAGGGAAUACAUAAAGAAAGCGAGGGGUAAAUCAUUGAAGAAAAGCAGAGAUUGGAUUUUAGAAAAGAAAGAAAGGCGGCGACGACAAGGAAAAGAAGUUAGAGAAACUACCAAAUAUACUGGACGAAAGAGAUCCGGUCGAUUCUGAGAUGUACUUUGUUAGGAUAAAACACUAUUUUAAAUAAUUUUGAAUUAAUUAUAAAUAUAAUUAUAAUAUAACUAAACUUAUAAUAAUAUAAAUAAACUUAUAAAAAA